AUCAACUUCUUCAAGGUCCUCGGCUCCCUCACCGCGCUCCAAUGGGCCUUCUUCCUCAGCGGCUGGCUUGCAUGGACCUGCGACGCUAUCGACUUCUUCGCCGUCUCGCUGUCGAACCACCGCCUCGAGAUCUUCUUCGACAAGCCGCUCAAGCAGAUCACGACCUCGAUCACGCUCACGCUCCUCUUCCGCCCGGCCGGCGCCGUCAUCUUUGGCCUUGCCUCGGACCGCUGGGGCAGGAAGUACCCGCUCAUCAUCGAUCUGUGCUGCUGCGGCGCCCUCUCGCUCGGCACCGCGUUCGUCAAGACGUUCCCGCAAUUUCUCGCCGUCCGCUGCCUGUUCGGCAUUGCCAUGGGCGGUAUCUGGGGAUUGUCCGCCGCCCUCGCGUUGGAGAACAUGCCCGUCCGCGCUCGCGGCCUCUUCUCCGGCCUCCUUCAGCAGGGUUACGCCGUCGGCUACCUCAUCGCGGCCGUCCUCAACCUCACCGAGGUCGCGCGCCACAACGACUUCAAGAUCCUGUUCUACUUUGCCUCCGCGGUCUCCUUCUUCGCCGCUCUCGUGCGCCUCGUCCUCCCCGAGUCGGCGUACUUCCUCGAGCGUCGCGAGGCCGACAAGGCCCAGGGCACCACCGUCUCGUCGAGCACCAAGUCCAAGAUCUUCCUCCGCGAGGCUGGACGCGCGCUCAAGAUUCACUGGGUCCGCUGCAUCUUUGCCGUUAUUAUUAUGUCUCUAUUCAACUUCUUCAGCCACUCGAGUCAGGACGUGUACCCUAGCUACAUCCAGGACGGCAAGGGUUUGAGUGCACACACGGCUACGCUCGCGACAAUCGUCGGUAACGUCGGCGCCAUCGUCGGCGGCACCGUCGCGGGCUACGUCUCGCAGUUCCUCGGCCGCCGCCUCACAAUUAUCGUCAUGUGCAUCUGGACCUGCGCCUUCAUCCCGCUGUGGUACCUUCCCAGCUCGUUCGCCGGCCUGGCGGCGGGUGCCUUCUUUGUUCAGUUCGGCGUGCAGGGAGCGUGGGGCGUCAUCCCGGUCUACCUCGCCGAGCUCUCGCCGGUCGCUUUCCGCGCCGUCUGGCCCGGUGUCGCCUACCAGCUCGGAAACAUGGUUUCGUCGGCGUCCGCUCAGAUCGAGGCGACGGCGGGCGAGAACCUCAAGACAGCUGCAGGGCGCCCGAACUACGGUCUCAUCGGCGUCAUCUUGAUCGUUGUGCGUCCCUACCCCUCUUCUCUGCUGCUGCGCUUGGCCCUCCCUCCCUCGUUGCUGAACUUCCUCGCACCGCCCGCAGAUUGUCGCCGGCUUGAUCAUCGUCUGCUGCCUCGUCGGCGCCGAGGCGCACGGCUCGCACUUCGAAAAGGGCAAGGCGGCGUUCGAGGAGGGCGGCGGGCUCGACGAGAUCGAGGAGCGUGCGUCUCCUUCCCCAUCUCUCACCCUCGGGCUCUCGCGCCUCCUUCUCUCUCUCUCUCUCCUACGCGCAUAUCUGAUGCGUCCUGCAUCCUGCUCGCAGUCAAGGACGACACGUCGCCGAGCGCCAGGUACGGCGAGGCCGACCUCGAGAAGGACGGCCAGGCCAAGAUUGGGCAGCCGAUGCACCGCGAGUCGGCGAGCAUGACGGACGACAAGCGCAGCGUGUCGACGUACGCCUGA